AUGGAUGUUAUGGAAGGACUUCAAAACGCGAAUGUCCAAUGUUACAAGAUGGAUCCCAUCAAAAUUACAACUAGCAUCACUGCUAUCCUCGCUGACACGCAAACAGUUCUUGGGUACUUGAAAGACGCAAAAGAUGCCCCAGAAGAACGCAAACGAUAUACCGCUGAGAUCAUCAACCUCCGCACACUGCUAUUCGAUAUAGAGGACCACGUUAAGUGGGCAGAUAUCACUCAACUAGGGUACACUGCUGUCCAGGCUCUCACAGUCAAGGAUGGACCUCUCGACCAGUUCAAACAAGCGCUCGAAAUGAUGCAAGGGGACCGACAAGGGAGGGAAGGUGACACGCUAGUAUGGAAAUUCGAGAAAGAAGAUAUUGCGAGUAUUUUCAAUCGAAUGGAGCGUUUGAAGUCGCUGUUGCAGCUUGCGUUACCAGAGGCCAAUUUCAAACUUUUGAAAAGCAUCACAAGUGACAUCGAAUCUGUUCGGGACAAUAUGCGGGAUAUUCGGGACAAUAUGCGGGAUAUUCGGGACAAUAUGCGGGAUAUUCGGGACAAUAUGCGGGAUAUUCGGGCCAAUCUGGAGAAGGUACUGCAAUACCAGGAAGACUAUAAGCACCGUCGACUGGUGGAAUGGAUAUCCCCCUCAAAAUAUCCAAGUCAACACUGGGACAUCAUGAAGCGCAGAGUAGAAGGAACAGGCCAGUGGUUUUUGGACGCACCUGAGACGGCAAAAUGGCUCACCGAAGUCAAUGGAACCCUCUUCUGCACAGGAAUGCCGGGAGCAGGCAAGACUAUGAUAGCCGCUAUCGUGAUUGACCACCUACAGAGAUCAACGAGGCACAACUUGGAUGGUUUGGCUUAUGUGUUCUGCAACUAUAAACUUCGAAAGGAGCAGGAUGCUCAAAGUAUGCUGGCGGCCAUUCUACAGCAACUAGUACGUGCUCGUCCAUCGGCUGCAGAACCUGCAGAACAACUACACAAGCGGUGUACUCUCAGGGGAACCCCACCGUUACUUGACGAAAUCUACAGCGCUCUUCAGGUAAUUGACGCCCUGGACGAAUGCCGAGAGAAUGUCCGCGAUACUCGUGCAUUCCUUGCCAAACUCCAAGCCCUACAAGCUGGACGAGAUCUUCGCCUCAUGGUUACCUCACGGUUCAUACCAUGGAUUGAAAAACUAUUUGGCGAAGCGACGAAGUUGGUGAUUCGGGCCAACGAAGAAGACGUGAAGCGCCUCGUUGCAGAUCGAUUGCCCGAUUGCAUUGAACGCAAUAAACGCAGUGAAGAGCUGAAAGUCAUGGCUCAAGCAAAGAUCGUGGAGGCGGCAGACGGAAUGUUCCUCCUUGCUCGACUGCAUGCAGAUUCACUGUCGGAGAUGAUAUCGGAGUUAGAGUUUGUGGAGUAUCUUGAGGAGAUCUACAAUGACUCAACCGCAAUCGAUGCUGCAUACAAAGAUACUAUGGCUCGAAUUGGAGGCAAUUGA